CGAGAAACAGUCGUGUUUUAAAUCAGAGGGAAACAGAGUUCAGACUGCUCCCACUUUUCUUCUGGAAGCACUUGAACAACGAAUAAGAAUGAUGAUGUUCAACUCGCUGGUUGUCAUUCUCUUUCUUCAGGCCUAUGAUUACGUAUAUGCUGAGUGGGAAGUUUACGACGGCUUUUGUGCAGAAAAAUGCGAGAUCUACGAUAGGGCUAAAAAGGAUUGUAGUAGGCUGUGUUCAGCAGAAACCGGUACACAAAAAUUCUACUGUACACUGGGAUGCGCAAGGAAUGCAACAAAUGACAAAGAAUACCAAGCAUGUAAACAAAAUUGUAAAGGUGAAAAUCUAACCGUGGAGAAUUGCAAAGUCGACUGUGAAGUGAUUACUGGCAGUCGCUUUAUCUGUAAAAUUGUUUGCGUUGAUGAUAUACCCGCAUCUCUACCUCGUUGUUUAUUUUACUGUGCCAAAACACAUCAACCUAGGGUCGGCUGCACGGAACGACCGGAUUCAAGUGGAAGAGAUUGUGAAAAUGCUGGUUUAAUGCCAUGUGUUCGGUGGUGUUACCAAGGGGAAUCGACACGGAUAAACUCAAACCUUUGAAUCUUCGUCGAUUUAUAGUGUUGAAUGCUUUAAUUGACAUGACUACUCACUGUUUUAACUAUAAUUGUUAUUUACUAAAAUGUAAUAACUAAGUAAUUUUUUCACUUAUAAAUAAAUACUAAUUUGCUUCCUAGUAAA